GGAGGAGUGUUUUGUGCGACGCUCUACAUCGUCUACGUCGUGUGGGUGAUGGUCACCACGGAUGCCAAGAAUCCGUUCCUCCGCAUGUUGGCAUACAUCCCCUACGCGUUCGUUAAUAUCCGGGCGGUGUACGUGGUGUUCGUCUGCUGGAGGAAAUGUCGUUGGUGGUUCCGCUUUCAGCAGCGGGCCAGCGUAAUCCUCAGCUGUCAUUCGCGACCCGAUUCGCUGUCACGGCAGAUGCGCCAAUGGCAGCGGCGGUCGGUCGUCGCUGGUAUCGGGUCGUUUCUGGCCGUGCUGGCUUUCGAAGUUGCCGAUUGGCUGCGCUGGUUCGAUCAGGAUCCACGACACUGGGAUAUGUCCUAUACCAAUGCCCUGGAACCGCUUCCGAUAUGGUAUCCUGUGUGGUUAUACAUAGUCAUCUGGAAUGUGUUUUGUGCAUUUUCUUACUUUUUAUCACAACAGCUGUAUAUUAGUCUGGUGUUGUACGGGUGUAUUUCUAAAGCAUUACUGAGCGAUAUCAAAACAAAUCUCAGGGCGGAAAGUAAAGAAUUUAAUUCCGAUAAGAUGUCAUCACCUCUAAAAUGUGUCGCCGGGACAGCGGACGCUGAUUAUACUAGCCUUUAUGAGCGAAUAAAAAAAUCGAAGAUGCGCUAUAUGGACAUCUUGACCUUUUCACAUGACCUGAAUCAUACUUAUGGGAACGCCCUGUUUGUCAUUUACGGGAUGGAUUUGAUAACGGUAUGCGGUUUUGUUGCGGCUGUUGUGGCGAAUGAGGAGCGAUUUUUAUCGGCAUAUUUGGCUAAUGCCAUAAGUGUCGUGGUGUUUGGUGCGUACCUCUGUUGUUUGAUACCGAUGGUCGGAGCGUACGAAGAGACCGUAAAAGUCAAUUUUGCCCUGCACAAGCUCAUGGAGCAGUUGCAGUCCGUUUUUGGAGCGUUUGCUUACCAAAAAGAGGGACUGGAGUCAUAUGUUGCACAUUUCAUUACCCUGAUCCGAGAUCAGCCAGUAGUUUUCAGUGGAGCCGAGCUGUUCCACGUAACCAGAAGUUUCCUUGCCGGCACGAUUACAUUUGUUAUUUCCUCUGCCAUUGUGCUUCGUGAGGUUAUGCAACGAACCGAAGACAACCAUCAAGUUCUCGCGACCUGCAAUCCUGUUAAUACCACUGCGGCCCUCCUAGCGUCUGCAGCGAACUCAUCUUGGCUUACUGAUUUUUGUACUAACUCCAAUCAUACAGCAAUCUGAAAAUUUCUUAAUUUUUAUAGUUACAAAACUUUUGUGUCCACAAUGCGAUUCUGUACCUCAAUGCCGUUUGUACCGUAAUUUAAUUUAAUAACCACACGUGCGUCGUGCGGUACGUACGUGUAUCUGUAUUUUAACGAAUUCGAGUUAAAAUACAGUAAUGGCUGCACUUUACCAUAACAGUAAUAGGUAAUUAUCACAGACAGUUGCGG